ACAAAGGCUCCUGUCCCCGUGGAGCUGACACCUAGCGAGGGAGACAGGUGACCCUAACGAGAAAAAUGCAAGAUGUCAGAUAAGGCUGGGGGAGAAAAUAAAGCAGGAAGGGGGAUGGGGGGGUGCACAUGGGUGUGUAUUAGUUUCCUUUGGCUGCUGUAACACAUUGUCACAAACUUGGUAGCUUAACACAAAUGUAUUCUCUUUAACAGUUCUGAGACUACAAGUCCCAGGUCAGCCUCACUGGGCUAAUCAGUCUCUCGGUUGGCAGGCAGGUUCCUUUUGGAGGCUCUGGGUAAGAACCUUUUCCUUGACUCUGCCGGCUUCUAGAGGCUGCUGGCACUUGCCAACUUGUAGCUGCGUCACUCCAAUCUCCACUUCCACUAUCACAUUGCCUUCUCUCCGUAAAGUAGAUGCAUUCCCCUCUGUUUUAUAAGAAUCCUGGUGACGACAUUGGGCCCACCCGGAUAAUCCAGGAUUGCCUUCCUAUCACGAGAUCCUUAAGUGAAUCACAUCUGCAGAGUCCCCUUUGCCAUAUAAGGUAACUUUCACAGGUUCCCAGAAUUAGGACAUGGAUAGCUUUAAGGGCCAUCAUGCAGCUACCGCAGGGAAUGAUUUAAAAUAGAGUGAUUGAGAAAGGCCUCCCUGGGAAGGUGAUAUCUGAGUAAGGGAGGCGGUGGAGCAGCGGGUCAUGCGGCCUCCAGGGAAGAGCUCCCAGCAGAGAGACACCGGGUGUGGUAGCUUCAUGCAACAGGUGAUGGAAAGAUCACUGGAAUCUUGGAUCUUCAUGCGGAAGAGGGCUUCAGAGGAUUCAUCUGCAAUGGGUGCGUGCGUUGAAUGAGAGGGGAACGACCACAGGAGUCCCGUUGACCUCAGGCCCUGAAAGUUAUUCGUGACGAAUCAGAUUUGGGUUGAGACCUCAUCCUUCCAGGUCACCCACCCUCAUCCCCACGCAGACACUCUUGUGCCUUCUUGAAUCACGCAUGCACUAGGCUCCAACUGCCGUGUUUCCAGACUUCUGACAUCCCUGUCGAGCUCCAUUCUGCAGAAAGAAUCAUGAAUGGCCCUGGGUUUUCAGGAGCCCAGUGGAAGCCAGGGUCACUCAGGGCUGCAGGAGAUGCCCUUCAUCACCCCCUGACGGGUGCCCCUGAGGUCUUGGCCCUGAGCUCUGCACACUCUCUGUCAUCCCACGACUAGAGCUACUGCAGUACCCGGUGCGGAAUCUACAGAUUUGAACUGUCCCAGGCCAUCAUUCAGCUCGCUGUUCCUGGGAUGUCAGAGCUUACACUUCCUGCACUAAAGCUGACUGCCAUACUCCGGAGCGACGUGGCUGAAUUGGAGUGGUUGCAAGUACCCGGACGUUAGGAGAAGUUUGGGGAAGAGGUUUGUUGUUGAGCCCUAAACCAACAGGGACACAGCUGACUGUGGAGGUACACCCUCGGGAUGCCAUGCCCCAGCUGCUCAAGAAGUUCUCCUUGGCUAAACGUUUACAAGGCGAUAAAAAUGGAAACACAAGACCCCGGCAGCCUGGAGGGAAAGACGCCCAUGCCUACCCCUGGGAUCGCUCCAGCCUGAAAUCCAUGGCCCUGGACCUGCGGCAGUUUGAGAAACUGGACACCUAUGCCUCACAGGUGACAGUCAAGAGUGGCCUGGACGCGCUGGUGAGCGACCUGCUCCAGGAGGCCCACAGUGACCUGGAGAGAGUCCGUGCCAUCUGGAUCUGGAUCUGUCACCACAUAGAGUAUGACAUCGAGGCCGCCCAGGAGAAGGACCGCCAGGCCUUCAAACCCACCACCAUCCUGCAGACCCAGAAGACCAACUGUGAUGGCUACGCUGGGCUCUUUGAGAGAAUGUGCAGGAUCGCUGGCGUGCAGUGCAUGACCGUGCCUGGCUACUCCAAGGGCUUUGGCUACCAGCCGGGGCAGAGCUUCUCUGGAGAGUUUGACCACGCCUGGAACGCCGUGUUCCUGGAGGGGAGAUGGCAUCUGGUGGACAGCACGUGGGGCAGCGGCCUGGUGGAUUCCACCAGCUCCAAAUUCACCUUCCUCUACAAUGAAUUCUACUUCCUCACCCACCCUGCACUGUUUAUCGAGGACCAUUUCCCAGACAACAAGAACUGGCAACUGCUCAAGCCUCCUCAAUCUCUGAGGCAGUUUGAGAAUAACAUGUAUCACAAGAGUGAGUUCUACAACAAGGGGAUGCUGAGCGCCCACCCACAGACCUCCAUCAUCAAAACAGCGAACGGGAAGGUCACAGUCACCAUCGAGAGCUGCGCCCCGACGCUGUUCAUGUUCAUGCUCAACGGCAAACAAGAGCACGGGCUGCUGAGCCUCAGGAAGAACGGAAUGAAGCUGGACGUGUACCCUCCGACCGUGGGCACCCACAAGCUGCAGAUCUUCGCCAAGGGCAACUCGGAGAUCUACAGCUCGGUGCUGGAGUACACACUCAAGUGCCACUACGCGGACAUCGACGUCCGGCUGCCCGCGGAGCUGCACCAGCCCGUGGGGCCCAGCUGGUUCUCGGAGCAGAUGGGCAUCACGAAGCCGUCCCACACCGAGCCCGUCAUCUACACCAGCGACGGGCGCUGCUCCGUCAGCUUCAGCGUGGAGGAGGGCGUCAGCGUCCUGGCAUCGCUGCACGGGGACGAUGGCCCCGUCACCGAGGAGACACAGCGGCGCUACAUCUUCCAGCUGCAGCGGGAGAAGCGGACGGAGCUGAAAGUCCAGUUGCCCCACGCCGGCAAGUUCGCACUCAAGAUCUUCGUCAAGAAGAGGCAGGAACCGGGCAACUACGUCUUCGUCUUCAAUUACCUCCUGUGCUGCACCAACAGCAAGGUGAACUGGCCCGUGUUCCCCGAGAGCUUCGGCAACUGGGGGCAGGACAACGAGCUACUGGAGCCCCUGUCGGGCGUGCUGCCCGCCAACCACAACGUCCCGUUCAAACUGAAGCUGCACGGUGUCGCCGAAGCCCUGGUGAAGGGGCAGGACACGUGGCCCCUGACCCUGAACCGCGAGGGCUACUGGGAGGGCAGCUGCAGCACAGCCGGCUGCCAGGAGGUCUACGUCAUGGUGCUGGAGAAUGCCAACCACAACUUCUACUCCUACAUCCUGAAAUACAAGGUGAACGCCCAGUGAGGGCCGGGGCCCCACCACCCCCGCUCCGGGCAGUGCAGAGAGCCCCAGACACCCCUGAGUCUGCAUGGAAUCCCUUCUAGGCCUCUGCCUCAGUCUCCCUGCUCUGCCGUGGGAGCUGUGAUGUUUGUGUUCGGGUGGCCGAGGGGACAGAGGCAAAGGCCCUUUAGAAGACAAAGGUGCUAUGUAAAUCUAAGGUAUUGUAAACUGUACACCACUGCCCAGACGCCCCCUUCUCGUGCUAAUGCUGUCGACGUUGUUACCUGGCUGGUGUGGGAAAGCAGGGAUGCUGCCGGGGCCGAAAGCUUUGCCCAUGAGGGGGAGAGAGAAGAGGGCGUGCUCUACGAGGCUGAGUCAUCCUGAAUCCUAGAGCCCCUUUCAAGGAGCAUCACAGUGUUUCUCAGCAACUCCUGGACCCCAGGGGAGGCUGGACUGUCAUCUUUUUCCCAGACCUGACCGCCUUCCGCAUUCCCGAAGCCACUUCUUGUUCUUCCAGGGUCCGAGAAGGAAGGUGUGGAGAGGAAACUAACUGCCCCCCAGCUGACUGGGGGCUGAGGGCCUCCACAAUCCCUGUGUGUGCUGGGAAUGUGGCAACAGAAAAGUUCUGGGAGACUCCAAGGCCAAGAGCAGCCAGUGCCCGCUCUUGGUGUCCUGGGUAGGGGCCAGGAGGUGCAGGGAUACAUGGCAGCCCUGCCACCUGAGCCUAAGGAUGUAAGACCUCCAACUCUGCUCUCAAAGCGAGUAAUUCAGUCCACUCUGUCUAAGAGCAAUUCACUCGGCCCCUCCAGGCCCUCUCAGGCCCCAGCCUGCACCCUUCACAGGAAGCCCCAGGAGGCUGCUGGGCCCUUGGGGAGCCCUGGCGAUAAUAAAGACUUUGGGUGAAGUAGUGAGAAUGCCGCAGUGCCAACGGGCCCCCACAAUAACAGGGCCCUGCCAGCCCCAAGAUCCCUACCACCAAAGCCACACCUGGGGGGACCCUGACCUGUCUUGGGAGCAGUUUCUGUGCUGAUCGCUAUCCUAUGCCCCUUCCUCCCUUUCUCAGACAAGAGAGACCCCCAGGGCCCGCCUUCCGUAGGGACAGUCCAGAGCCCCUUACUUGCUCAGGCCUGAGAAGCAUCGCUGCCCAACCGGCCCUUAGCAGCACCUCGGGCCAGCGUUGCCAUGGCAACAGCAGAAAGGCUGGCUCCAGCAAGGGCAGCAAGAAGGGAAGGAUGGAGAGGCCCCAAGAGGCCCAGCGUGGCCACUGCAGCACCAUCCCAGCACAUGGAGACGCUGGAGGUGUUUCCGCCCGCCCUCCUGGCUUCUCCAGCUCUGCAGCCCCUGCCUAUCAGUGCCUCAGCCCCUGAGAGCCAGCACUGCCCAGCACUCUCCUCCCCACACUGUCGCUCCAAAAUGCCCAGGCUCAGCUACAGCCAGGGGGAUCCUCACAGCCUCCUGUGCCUUUCUCCUCACAUUUGUAUAUUCAACAGAUGUUCGUGGAGCACUUAAUAAGCACCAGGUACGGCGUCAGUUGACCUUUCACGCUGGGGCUACAGAGGCAACCAAGGGGCCCUGCCCUUGCCAUCCCAGAGCUCAGGGUGGGUGGCAGCAGCCUCUCUUGCCCAGGCCUGUUUCAAGUUCCAGGCUCCUAACACUUCAGUCCAUCAUCCCCCUAGGAUCUCUCCCCCGAAAACCCCCACUGUCACCCAGUAUGGACCCGGUCCAGAGAGAUGUUACUACGGGGUGCCCAUCCUCCACCAGGCGGGGGGCCGUGGAACUCAACGGCAGUAAACCGUGGGGGGCCAAGCUGCCCUGGCCUGUGUCCAGCCGUCCUCUGAUAGGCUCUGUCACCCAGGCAUUCAGCACCGUGUCACUCAUGCCUGGAAAACGCACAAAGGCCGCAGACGCAGAACCGCUGUGCACCACAACAGGGAAGCAAGGGGAGUUUUUACACCCUGCAGACAGCCUUUUCUCACCCCUUUGAUUUUAUGGGCUGAAAGAAAUGUGCUGUGUUUCAUCAAAAUAAUAAGUGCCUUCUAUGACUCAUGUCACUCCCUGGACCCAGAGCUGGCUGCUGGUCCUGCCGAGAACAACAUGCAUCCUUUACAAAACAAUAUAAUUAAUCUAUACAUUCUAGAGCACACAAAGGAUGCCACCCAGAAAAAUAGGAGCUGUCCCUAGACGGAGACGGAGGCCCAGCCUCUCAAAGGGCUGGGGAGCAACAGCAGCGCCCCCUGCUCAUUUAAACAGGCACCCCCGCCCCUUGUAAAGACAGCUGCAGGCACAGUCAGACGACACGUGCAUUUCUUCCCACUAAAGUAAAAAAUACAUGAAAUGAAAUCCAAUCUUCAUGAAUUUUUACACGCAUGCUGCUCAGGGUAGAAUUCGGGGUUGCAUUUCGAAGUCUUUUAUUCAAAUCCCUAUCUUUGUUUCCCGGUCGAGGCGUUCCAGCGGCCAGCGGCAUGUCACGGGCGCCCCCUGGUGCCCGAUGUGCGGAGCUGCGGGCGCUGCAAAUCCCCUUGAGGCUGAAUCUAUCGCCGAGGUUUUCACACAGAAUUUGAAAAAUGCAGCUGAGAUGUUUAUGUUAAAUUCACUGAGUGCUUUCUCGUGGCUUCUCAGCGCUUCCUCGUGUAUACAUGGAGCACGUCGUUGCCACGCACAAGUUGUGAGGCGAGACUGGGGCCUGCCUGGCAUGGUGAGACGACGUAAAUGUAAUAGGAUUGGGGAGUAUUUUGCCCGGAAAUCCCGUAGGAGUGGAUGGAACAGUUUGACCACACUCAUUCCUGCGCCAGUGAAGGAUUGGAACUGAUCGAACUCAGAGAGUUUUUGCUGCAAGUCCCCAGAAGGGCAUGGAGGGUCGUGGAGGAUGUGGGGAGUAGGAUGGGGCAAAUGGGCUACAAACACAACUGCAAUUAACUUCUUUUCAGCUUGUUUCGGAAGCGCCACCAGCACAGCUGGACUCCGUUUUCAAUCUGAUUGUGAUCAUUGUGUGUUCCCCAUAUGUUACAUUGUCCCACCAGGGCGAACCCCUCACAGCCUGCUGAGAUUAAAAGGAAAUAAAUAGAUUAACUGAAGCAUGAAAGAUUUAGGCUAGACAUAACAAAGUAUUUCCUGUUGUUAAGCAGGAGGGACAAGUUGCCAAGAACGUUUGUGAAAUCCUCUUCUUAAAGGACGGAAAAAACAGAAAAGUUUUCCCAGUGGUCUGGGGUCUUUGAUGCCACACUAAGUGGAAGGACUAGGUUCCUUCCAAACCAGUUUAAUUCUUGAAAUACGCUCCAUCACCCACAGCAAACGGGGACCAGAAUGGUAUGGUCGCCUUUGCUGUUGGCUAAGCAUUCAGAGGUCGUCUGCAUCUGUGACCCCCGUCAGUUUAUCUGAGGUCGAUCAUUUCUUCUCAUUUGGAUGAGUAGUUGGAGCUCUGAAGAGGUGAUUAGUUUUCAUAACGUGUGCAUUGAGUUGUGUGGGCCACUGGCUGUUGAGUAUGCUUUCCCCACAUUGUUGCUCGUGUUGUUUUUCAAUA